AUGAAGGUCAUCGAGUUUCAGAUCCCUCUCCCUCUGACGCUUGACAUGUACCAGCUCUGCUGCGUGUACCUGGUGACGAAGGCCAGUUUGCAGGAGGUGGAGAACGGCGGCGGCUUCGAGAUAUCGAAGAACGAGCUGUGCGAGCGGGAUGGCGUGCUUGGUCGUAUAAUGGAGAAGCGUUUUUACUUCGGCAAGAAUUUGCCGUUGUGGUUGCAGUCGCUCCUCGGUAAGGAACUGACGAUCGUGAGUGAGCAAUCGUGGACGGUGUUUCCUUAUACCAUGACUAAGUAUUCCAACAAGAAGUUGACGUCGUUUGAAUUUUCUUUUGAGUCGAUAACCCAUGACGGCGUAGAACCGCGGGAUAAUGCACUGAACCUCAGCGACAAGGACCUGUCGCGUCGCAAGGUGGUGGUGUUGGAUGUUACCGAGUUCAAGAAGUGCAAGCUGUACGACGCGCAGUAUGACGUGACUGCGAAGCGAUCGCAACAUACCGACGCGCUCCCAAUGAAACCAGGCUGGUGGAAACAGCCGGGCUGCAAGGGUGUCAUAGCGUACAAGUUGCUGAAAGUAGAUAUUCCUUACUUUGGCUUCCUGGCCUCGCGCGUGGAGAAUUACCUGGUGAACUACCUACAGGACAAGUUGAUGUUAUACAUAUGUACUGCGAUGUGCUCCAUCGACGAAUGGUACAACGCUGACAUCGAGGAUUUGCGAAUCAAGGAGCAGGAAUGCUACGAAUUGCUGAACCAGAAGUUCCGUGAGCAGUACGGGCACCUCUUCCGAGACAGCCAGGAGCUGCCAGCCCGCGAUACGCCUAAAGCUUCACGUGCACCCAGUUCUGAAGAGAAGCGGCCUGAAACGAAGCCAUCACCUGUGGUCGAAACUGCGACGAAACCUCGAGAGGUUGAGAAAAGUCCCCUUGAGGCUGCUGCUGCGCCUGCUAAAGCCGUUGCGGUUGCGCGCCCACAAGCACCCAAGCCAUCGAGCCACAAAAGCAAGACUGUAGCUGUAGCAGCAAAGGAAACCGCUGAUUCCACUGGUUACCGUAGUGUGCUUUCCGCCGCCUUCAGCGACAUGCGUAAAGACACUAAGGAUGGUGUUGUCGGUGGAGCCUACGUCUCCAGAGCUGCCAGAGUAGUGGCAACUAGGUCAUUCCGGAGCGUUAGUGGUGAGGAAGAGUUUUGGGAUUGCCUAGAAGAACUGGAUGAUGCACAUACCACGCUUGGGAGUGUGCCGAGCAGGCGGCCAUCGUUAUCGGCGGCCCAUACAUCCAGCAGCGCUAUCCCCGCCGUUUGCCCGCUGAAGCGUGAGGAUGAAUGUCUGCCGUCUCCCCAGGGACCCACUGCCAUCGUGAGCAGGAAGUGUGCGUCCCUGGAGGAGCAUGGCUAUCGCCAUGUACAUGAGAAUCGCGCAUCGCAGUUCCCCAUCACGACUGGGGACGUCCUUCCAAUUCCAGUGGAUUACCCGUCGAUUAGGGAAUACAGAAUACCGGGCUCUUCGAUAGAGGCUGAAGAAUCGGAGCCUGUGGACACGGAAAGGGGCGAUCACUCCAGUUCAUCGCUCGGCGACGUGGAUGAGACGGUAGCGCCGCUGGCCGCGGCUGCGGAGCGGUACACCCCGUCGAUGUUCACAGGGUAUCUCUACAAGUUGGGAGGCACCUUCUUCUAUCAGUGGAACAUAAGAUACAUCAUGAUUUGUGACGGCAAUAUGCACUACUACGACAGCCGCGACGACACCCGCCCCAAGGCAACCAUCAGUUUGAUGGACGCUCGCAUCAAUUGGGUCGGCCACUACAUGGGCCGUCCCAACGUCUUCUCUGUGACGACGCGAACCAAGCGCACGUACUAUUGGAGCGCCGAGGAGGAGAGCACCGUGAAGCGCUGGAUUCUGCUGCUCCAGGUACUCUCCGAGUCGUCGCCAGAGGCUCUGAUGGACGACUUGGCCACGGAGUACCUGUACCGCGUGGAGAAGUCGGAGUCCGUGGGUGGCUGUUCGCCGCCUUCGGCGGGCAGUUACAUGGACGUCAUGUGA